ACUUUGAAUUGUGGUACUUUAACCUUUAUGGUAGUAUUGUGUGCACACGUUCUUAAUCUCAUUCAGCUGUUGACUUCUUUCACACCACUGAUAGAAUGACUAUCGUACGAUUGCUUGUGAGUCUCUUACUCUUUGGUUCAUCUGAAGCUGGGAAGCUGUUGGUUAUUCCGUCAGAUGGCAGUCACUGGCGGGGGAUGAAGCCUAUUGUGGAAGAGCUGGGAAGAAGAGGGAAUCAGGUGGUGGUGGUCAUCCCAGAUGCAAGUCUGAGUAUGGGUCCAUCAGAUCACACCACCACUCUUUCUUAUCCAGUGCCUUACACUAAAGCUGAGCUAGAAGGGAACUUAGCGGCAGAUUUAAACAACAUUCUGAGUACUGAUGUGUCUACAGACCUGGCCAGGUUUCAGACAUUCAUCUUCACACUGGAUUUUCUAAAAACGUUUACAGUGAGAAAUGCGGAAAGCCUGCUUUUCAACAAGGACCUGAUGAAGAAACUGAAAGAGUACAACUUUGAUGCCAUUCUCACCGAUCCAUUUGAACCUGUUGGAGUUAUUGUUGGUGAAUAUCUCUCCAUUCCAGCUAUUUAUAUGCAAAUAAAUCAUCCAUGUGGGGUCGACACUCUUGCCGGUCAAUGCCCAACUCCAGCCUCCUAUGUUCCUCAACCUUUUACUCAAUUUACCGACCACAUGUCUUUUUGGCAAAGAAGUGUAAACCUGGUAUACACUUUGCUGCAACCCAUGGCUUGUGGAUCUAUAUUUACUCAAGCAGAUGAGAUUGCUUCACGUUUACUUCAAAGAAAAUCAUCCAUGGUAGAGAUCAUGAGCCGUGCUGCUCUCUGGUUUAUGCGAUUCGACUUUGCUUUGGAAUUCCCACGUCCAGUGAUGCCCAACAUGAUCAUGAUUGGAGCCACACUUAGCCACAAACCAAAUCCUCUGCCAGAAGUGAGUCUUUAUAAUUAAAUUCUUACUUCACUU